CUCGUGUGGAUUAUACAUGAAUGAUUUAUCACUAUCGAGAAUACUUACUUAUUCGAUACUAAGUACCUGUCGUGAUGCAAACCUAUUCAGCGGACGAGUGGACUUUGCGCGGCCUUGCACCAGCUCCGACUACAUUCUCCCCGGCGUACGUGGCUCACCUCAACACGAUGUUGCGGUCCAAGUCGGCGGCGGAGAUUGUGGCGUGGGCUGCCAACUCAUUUGGCAAGUCUCUCGCGUUGAGCUCUAGUUUCGGCAUACAGUCCGCUGUGAUGUUGCAUUUGGUUACGCAACAUGCCAACCAACCGCAUCGCGUGCCGGUGGUGUGGGUCGAUACGGGGUACUUGCCACCGGAAACAUACGCAUUCGCGACGGCGCUGCAGCAAUCCCUCGACCUGAAUCUACGCGUGUACCACCCCCAGACGUCCCCCGCGCAUAUGGAGGCUGUGCAUGGCAAACUGUACGAGUCGUCUUCACCAGAGGACCACCAAUUGUACGGCUUGCUGCGGAAAGUGGAGCCGAUGGAGCGUGCGCUGGCGGAAAUGGGGGCGACGGCCCUCUUGGUCGGGCUGCGAGCGGACCAGACUGACCGUCGGCGGCGUCUGGACAUUGUACACGUGCACAACGGUCGGUUAAAGAUCUGUCCCAUCUUGAGCUGGACGCAACAUGACGUCGACACGUACAUGGCCAGGCACAACCUACCGUUCCACCCACUCAAAGCCCUCGGGUAUGCCACGGUGGGCGACGCGCAUUCCAGUCGCCCGAUGACAGAAGCGGACACGGACAUCCGGGCCACGCGAUUCCAUGGCCGCGCUCAAGAGUGUGGGCUUCAUGCCAUCGACACAGACUACGACGACGAUGCCGAUGCUCAUGAAGCUGCCCAAUACCUGCCAUACGUGGAUGCGAUCGUGUAUUCGAAACCCCAGUGCAAGUACUGCGUGUUAGCAAAAGAGGCGCUGUCCAACGCCAAGUGGUCGUAUCGUGACGUGACAGUGGGGGUGGACAUCACACUUCGAGCUCUGUGCGACCUGGUCGGGUCGGACGUGACCAGUGUGCCCCAAGUGUUUGUGCGGGGGCAGUACAUUGGCGGGUACGAUGACCUCCACGACCUGCUCCAUCGCUCCACGACCAAAAAACCAUUCAGCCAAGACGAUACCAGUAGUCGUCCAGGAUUCCACACCAACUUUCACAUUAAUUACCCGUCUACUUUGGCCUAA